GCAAAUGUAAACGACGACUGGACUCCAAUAUAAGUGUUGCAGUCUUUUGAUUCUCGCUCACUCGCUCACUUUCACAAAUGGAGGCAACUGGCUUGGAGGAUUCCGUCUACGAAUCGAACUACGCUCAGUCGGACGGCCAGGGCCGUGGUCGAUCCCGCUCGCGUUCGCGAUCUCGCUCUCGUUCGCCCGUUCGCCAGCAGGCGGCGCAAUCUGCCAGCUCUGGCUCGGGCUCUGGCAGUGGCGAAGCGUUCACCUUGUGUGUGAUUGGUCUGUCGCCCCUGACUCGCGAAGCCGAUCUCGAGAGCAAGUUUGCUCGCUUUGGAAAGGUCGUUCGUUGCGACGUCGUUCGCGAUCCCCACACCAACGAUUCACGCGGUUUCGCCUUCAUCGGAAUGGAGAACGAGGAGCAGGCGCAUGCGGCAAUUCGCGGCUGCCACCGCACCGAAUUUGACGGCCGCACCAUCAGCGUCGAGAAGGCCCGUCGUGCUCGCCCGCGUUCGCCCACUCCCGGCCAUUACGUCGGAGCUCGCCAAAAGCAAGGCGGCGGCAGCUACGGCAAUGGCCCUUCGUACCGCUCUGGCGGCUACGGUCGUGACGAUCGCCGCGAUGACCGCGGUGGACGUGGCUAUGGCGGCGGCUACGAUGACCGUGGUCGCGACUACGACCGUCGUGAUUUCGACCGUCGUGACCCUCCUCGCGGAGACUACCGUGACGAUCGCGGCCCGUACCGUGGCGACGACCGUGCUCCUUACGAUCGUGCUCCUUACCGCGGUGACGACCGCGCUCCUUACCGCGACGACCGUGCGCCUUACCGUGCCGACGACCGUGCUCCCUACCGCGACGACCGCCCGAUGUAUCGCGACGAUCGCGCUCCUUACCGCCCCGACGACCGGGAUCGCCGCUUUGACGAUCGCAACGGCUACGCGCCCCGCGAUGAUCGUGACCGUGGCGACUACCGGCCACGAUAUUAGAGACGCUUUGUGUUGAUGGUGAUGUGUCUUGGUGCUUUGUUGACUUCCAAAAAAAUCGACAAGCUGGUUAGAGAUGUU